AUGACUUUUUUGGCAAAGGAACAGCAGACGGGAUCCCGAGCCUCGGGCUGGGAGAACGGAAAGAGCUCGUCGUCGACCCAGACGAGUCUUGGUCGGAGGGUUCGAGGUGAGGGCCGGUCCAGCUGGGGGGCCACCUCCUCCUCCUCCUCCUCCUGCCCCCUCCCCCUCCCCACCCCGGCGCCCUCCCAGCCCCCUCGGCGCCCUCGCCGCGCGGCUUUCUGCUUCCCUCCGCAGCCUGCGAGCUUCCCCCUCCUCCCGGCUCCGCACCCCACCCGGUCCCGGGCGGAGGCACACCCCCUCCACGCCCCCGCCGCCCGGAUCUGCGCGGCCUCCCGGCCCCGCUUCCAGCCCGGCGGCAGCCCCGGGCGCCGAGGCGCGCUCGCCCACCGCCCUCUCCCCGGCGCGGCUCCUCCUCCCGGCCUCGCGGCCCCAGCGAGCCCCCAGCCGCGCGAGCGCCCAGCCUGGCUGGGGGCGCCGAGUGAAGGCGACACGAGAGGCAGCGUGGAACACGGAUUGGAGUCGAGCAAGAAACUGGAGCCUCGGAGGAUUACAGGCCCUCGUAGCAACCGAGGACGCAAGAAGCUGAUGGAGCUAAGACCUGGCUCUCGGGCCCACAAAGGCUUUGGGGUGGCUUGUGCUGAAGGCCAGGCCCCGGCAUGGAGUCCACAUCACUUCUCAGCCAGAGCUGUAGGGAGUAGAGGGAUACAGUCCUUCCAGGCCAGGGAAUUGGCACGGGCUGGGAUGCUUUAACAGCUUCUCCGUCUUCGGGAACCUUUUUCCAUCUCGAAGGGAAAACUUUAAAAGUCAGCAAGACAGGGAGAACACAGACCUUCAAAUAAUGGCUCACACCGGGUCGAAGACUUUGCGUUGAGAGAACGUCCUGGCGCAUUUAAAUUCAGCAGGUGCUUAAUGAGCAGGACCUGUUCCCCGCCCGAGUGUUGUGGUCACACUGUUAGCAUUCGAGUGCAUUAACAUUUGAUGCCACUCUGCACUAAGGUCUGAAAGCCCCUAAGGUCGCACGGCUCAGUGCACAAGCCCUCGUUCCGAGGUUCACCGAAGCGGGGUUCCCUUGUUGAGGGUUUGCCGCGUGACGGGCAAUCUGCUGGAGGCUCAGGCAGGUUUGAGGAGCGUGAGAACCGAGGCGGUCCUCAGCUGGGUGACUGGGAUUUUCCCCGAACAUCUGGCGGCUCCCAGUUUGCUGGGAUUCCCGGCCAAAGGCGAGUGUGGGCCUCGCGGUGUAAGCCCUGCAUUUGUUCUGCCCACAGCGGCCCCCUCCCCCCUCCCCCCUGUCCCGGGGCCGACUUUAAAUUGCAGAGAGAUGAAAAUUGGCUUCUUUGCAUUACCUUUGGGAAGGACAGCUUUCCUGAUGAAAGCUUUAAGUUUGAAAUCUCAGGAAGAGCCUUCUCCAAGGGUCUUUUUCUUUCUUUGGAAAGUUGCUUUGCCUGCCCUGUGAUACAGGGCACGUGGGGCUCAGUAUUUCUCAGGCUCUUCCCCUCUGCCUGCUUUGCUGGCUCUUUGGGGAUGCUGGCAGGGGCAUGUGUCUUGU